AUGUCGCCCCGAGGAGAACGUCCGAUCACGGUGGAAGAAUUGCGAAAGAGGGGAUUCAUCGAUCCAAAUAAUGGACAACUCUUCUACAGCUUUCCCAAUGCUAGUGCUGCUUCAACGCCCGCUGCGACACAAAAUCCGAUGAAUGAGGUGUCUUCGGCAAAGGGUUCUAUUCUGUCCAAUUUUAAGGAUCAGAAGAGUUCGGGAAAAACGGUUGAGUUGUUGGUGGGUGAGGCAGACGAGGUCCCUACAAAGCUCUACCUUACUACAUCUCCGAAUGAUGGCAAGACGUUUGAGCUUGAAACUGAGAAAUAUCGAACGGUGAUUGAGCGAUCUAAUCAGAAAACGUUCUUGGGCUGUGGACCGGUGUCGAAGUUUCCCUUUUACACCAAAUCA